AUGAUGCGCAUGCCACAGAGGCUUGCUAUGCUCGUACUCUUCUUCUUAUCUGGUGUCAGCACCAAAAAGCUUCUCCAAGGCUUUAAUAAUAAUGAUGAUAAAGAUGGCAAGGAUGGAGCCUGGUUGCAGAGUUUCCCGAGGGCACGGUGCAUGUCCCGCUGCUUGAGUUUGCACAGCGCCGCAACACUGCAGAACAAUGGAUCGCUAGCAUGGUGUCGCAGCCAUAAAGAGUGUGCAAAGUGUCUGAAUCCCUGCAAAGAUUCCUGGCACACAAAAAGGAAGAGAAAUUGCAAAGAUCUCUGUAAGGAAUUAUUUCCCAUAGACCACUGGGAAUGUGUGGCCAGCUGUGAGUUCCUUCAAACAGUGUCAGAGGUAAAACAAGGUGGCUGUCCCCUUCCGACACUGGCCAGUGGCUUUGCGGCCGCCUGUGUCGACAGCUGUGAUCACGACACGGAAUGCCCUGAACAGAAGAAAUGCUGCUCCAACAACUGCGGUCACACAUGCCAGUAUCCACAAAACAUUUAUAAGGGGGUUCCGGUAAAACCGAGGAAGAAGCUAGACUUUGAGGAGGUGACCCCUGGUCAGCUAGAGGUGCGCUGGUCCUCCAGGUUAAAUAUCUCCGCUGAGCCCGUGGUCUACAUCUUGCAGACCAGGUGGAACUUUGGCAUUCAGCCCAGUGAUGAUGCUGACAUUUCUUGGCAUGUGGUUGCACAGACCACAGAGCAGAGAACCCAAUUGUACAACAUUAGACCAGGCCGCUGGCACCAAUUCAGAGUUGCAGCUGUCAAUGGCCAUGGAACCAGAGGUUUUACCACUCCUAGUAGACACAUUUGUUCCAGCAGAGACCCCCCUCCCCCUCCCGCACCAACUGAGCUUAGGGCGACCAACAUAACAUUUGCUUCAAGCCAGACGGUGUGGGUCCAACUACAGUGGCGCAUGCUUGAAGACCUCGAUGUUCCUGUUGACCACUACAAGGUCUUCUGGGGUUGGACUGCUACUGGUCAAACAACUGCUUCCUCCUUGACAAAAUGGAGGAAGCUAGUAAGAGAUAGGCAGGUGAUACUGGAUGGCAUUCAGACCAGUCGUACUUAUAGAGUGGAAGUUCAGGCUGUGUCCUACUGGAAACAAACCCAGCUUAAGGGACCUCGGGCCAUCGUACACUUCAGCACAGAGCUCAACACCACUGCCUCACCAAAAUCCUCUGUGGCUGACGACAUACAUGUGGGUACACCGUUCUAUCAAAAUGGUCAGCUUCAGGUUCACAUUUACUGGCAGAGAAGCACAGACACUUCAGUUGAAUACUACAGAAUACAGUGGUUACCGGAGUAUUGCGAGCACAAACAAAAAAUACACAGAAAGAAAAGCAGCACACAGGAGACCUUCACAUGCUUGCAAGGUUUGCUCUUCUCUUGUAAGUACAAAGUCCUACUGCAGCCUGUCAGUAGGACCAAUCGGCCUCCAGCAAAGAGCAUCUGUUUCACUACACCUUCCUGUUCUGCCGUACAAGCCAAGAGCCCCAAACCAAUAGGCUGUAACAGAGGAAUGUCGACUCCUCAGAAGGCUUUGAUCAAGCCAAACAACCUGAGAGUUUCCUUCAAGGUUCGUGGCGGUAACCUAUCUGCCAUCUUCAACUGGGAGACAUCUGCUAGCUCAUCUCAGCGUCAAUUAACUGGCUACAGGGUGACCCUGGUGGAGGACAUGAAGUAUCUGGCAAUUUCUGACCUACACCUGGCCAGUGUCUACAGGUUGGCGGUCCGGGCCAUCACUACAGAUGUCUGCCACUCUAAGGCCUUGUACGUCCUCGCUUUAGAAGUCACAUCGUUGGAGAGGUUCGCACCAAAACAGUUGAAAAGGGACCUGCUGAUGUGCGGCGAAAUGGUGUUGACCAGCCUGUGCCCCUCCUAG